CAGCGCUCGAGACACUCGAGACAGCUCCCAUUAUGUCCCAGCACGAUGACCCAGCAGCCAAUCAGUGCGCCCACGCUGACAUGUCCCGGGAGCAGAGGAUUGAUGUGCAAUGCCCCUUUUCUGGCGGAUGCAGCUGCUUGCCUCCCCAGGCGGGCCCGAGUGUUGGAGCACCCUGGACCCGCCCUAAACUUCCCAUCGACAUCCUUGGCGCGCUUGUUUUAUCAGAGAGCUAUAUUUCACACUACGCCCCGGGCGCCUUUAGCCACUGCUCCACCUGCCCACUGUUCAAUUGCCAUAACACCUGCUCGAUCGCCGAGUAAGAGUACAUGCUCAACUACGCCCGCCAAACAUUGAAGAGAGUCCCCAGUUUCCAAGAGCUUCUACAAGGCAAGAUGGGAUCCAACAAGGAGGAAAUCAACGUCGACGUGCUCGUCAUCGGCGCCGGACCUACCGGUCUGGGAGCAGCAAAGCGCCUUCACCAGAUUGAUGGCCCCUCAUGGCUGAUCGUCGACUCGAACGAGACUCCCGGAGGUCUUGCCUCUACUGAUACCACACCUGAGGGCUUCCUCUACGAUGUUGGUGGCCAUGUCAUCUUCUCCCACUACAAGUACUUCGACGACGUUAUCGACGAGGCGCUCCCCAAGGAGGACGACUGGUUCACACACCAGCGUAUCUCCUACGUCCGCUGCAAGCAGCAAUGGGUCCCCUACCCCUUCCAGAACAACUUGUCCAUGUUGAACAAGGAGGACCAGGCGAAGUGUGUUGACGGUCUGAUCGACGCUGCCCUCGAGGCCCGCGUGGCCAACACAAAGCCUAAGGACUUCGACGAGUGGAUUAUGCGACAGAUGGGUGUUGGUAUCGCCGACCUCUUCAUGAGGCCUUACAACUACAAGGUCUGGGCUGUGCCCACCACCAAGAUGCAGUGCGCAUGGCUCGGUGAGCGUGUCGCUGCACCCAACGUCAAGGGUGUUAUCAACAACAUCAUUCACAACAAGACCGCAGGAAACUGGGGUCCCAACGCUACCUUCAAGUUCCCCGCCAGAGAUGGAACUGGUGGUAUCUGGAUUGCCGUCGCAAACACACUCCCCAAGGAGAAGACCAGCUAUGGCGAGAACAGCACAGUCACAAAGGUUGAGGCGGACGCCAAGCGCGUCACAUUGAAGGAUGGCCGGGUUGUCAAGUACAACAAGCUCAUCAACACCAUGGCUGUCGAUGCCCUUGUUGACGCGAUGGGUGACAAGGAGCUCCAGACUCUCAGCAAGGACCUGUUCUACUCCAGCACCCACGUCAUUGGUGUCGGUCUCCGUGGCGAGCGACCGGAGCGCAUCGGUGACAAGUGCUGGCUGUACUUCCCCGAGGACGACUGCCCAUUCUACCGUGCUACCAUCUUCUCUAACUACUCGCCCUACAACCAGCCCCAGAAAGACGUCAAGCUGGCUACACAGCAACUCGCCAACGGCUCCAAGCCCAAGUCCACCGAGCCCCAGGAGGGACCUUACUGGUCGAUCAUGUUGGAGGUUUCCGAGUCUAGCAUGAAGCCUGUUGACCAGGAGAACAUGCUCAAGGACUGCAUCCAGGGUCUCAUCAACACUGAGAUGAUCAAGCCUGAGGACGAGAUCGUAUCCACCUACCACCGCCGCUUCGAUCACGGUUACCCCACUCCCUCGCUCGAGCGUGAGGGUGUCCUCACAAAGCUUCUCCCCGCUCUCCAGGACAAGGGCAUCUACUCGCGUGGUCGCUUCGGUUCAUGGCGUUACGAGGUCGGUAACCAGGACCACUCGUUUAUGUUGGGUGUAGAGGCCGUUGACCACAUCGUCAACGGCGCUGUCGAACUUACUCUCAACUACCCUGACUUCGUCAAUGGCCGCAAGAACGAGGAGCGCCGCCUUCAGGAUGGUGCUCAGAUCUUCAAGAAGGUCGGCCAGAACUACCUGAACAAGCAAGAGUAAACUGUUUGCAGGGUUAGACUUUGAUGAGCGAACAUGACUUUGGGACAUUACGGGAUACCACAUAUCAGCAUCUGGGGUUUGGGAACAGGCAGGAGUUCGCAUUGUAUGCUAAGACUUUUUGGUAGAUAGCAAGCAUGCGCUGCAUUGAGUUCAUGCUACGUUUCAAGCUAAAGCAGCCGCGUUUACAAAAGCAUCGCAAUAGACGUUGUGUCUUCUCGACUCUAA